AUGGCAGCCUCCAGCCGCGUACAAGUGUUAGAUCUGUACCAGGCUAUGCUGAGAGCAAACAAGCAUUUCAGCGCCUACAAUUACAGAACAUACGCUGUCAGGAGGAUAAGAGAUGCCUUCAGAGAAAAUAAAAAUAUAAAAGAUCCUGUAGAAAUUCAAACCCUGGUGAAUAAAGCCAAGAGAGGCCUUGGAAUAAUUUGUCAACAGGUCCACAUUGGCCAACUGUAUUCAACUGACAAGCUGAUUAUUGAGAAUUGAGACAUGCCUAGGACCCAGCGAGCCAGGACCAGCCACCAGCAGCAGCCAGGGACCACCUUCAGCAUCCAGUCUGUGUUUGAGAUGGGGGCUCCCAAAGUCAGCUUACAACAGCCUCUUGCACUGCCUGCCCUGUGGGAGCUGAUAAACUGAGUCACAUUUGCAUUCUGCUGUAGCCUUAGUGAAAAAGGACGGCUGUCUGUCCUUGGUUCAAGUGUUAGAAUGAAGAGCUGGAGCUCCUUCCGAAUACUUCUGUGUGUUACCGUGUCUCCCUUCCACCCCACUCCUAUCUUGUAGCUCAUGACCACUGUGUAUGGUAUUUCUACACUUUGUUUCUUGGUCCUUAACAAUAAAAAGAAUUGUCUCCCUGAACCUUUCACACCA